CAGGAAAUUUUAUAGAAAAGAAGUGUGUCUGUUUUUAGGAGUUAGUGGGAACGUAUGGUUAUUUUUCUUUUAUCGCUUUAUUGAUCUUUGUUUUCUCCUUCUGUUGUUUUUUCUGUUUGGAUUAAUAUAAGCCCCAUCUCUUAAAACAUCCACAUUUUGCUCUAAAGUUAAACCAAACUGCGUUAUUAUUUCUUAAUUCUUACAAGCGGGAGCGGGAAGUUUGAACGGAGUUAGCUUACUUUAGCCUGCUUGCUAACAGGUAAGGGCUCACCUGUCGACAUGUUGUCCUCCUCCCCUCCCCUUCCCCAAGGCCAUAGUUCGGUUCGGUCCUCGUGCGGUUCAGAGACCGCGGAGGUUUUGCUCCACUCCACUCGGGUCUUUCUGCCGGACCGGAGCCGUGCGUCAAAGUCAGACCAUCGAUCCGUCCACAUCAGUGUUCAGAAGCUGGCGGACUCCACGGGGGUUAGACCGAAUCGAGCCGAGUCGGAACCAAGUCGACAGAAACAAAGCCAUCUUCGAGGAAGCCCGGAGGUGGAACCCAAGCCCGAUGAGGAUCUGCUGACAUCGCGCUUCACCGCUGGAGGUCGAGGAGUCGUCCUGGGGGCUCUGAGGAGGCGCUCCCACAGCGCCCCCAGCAGGAAGGAGGUACGAGUGCAGCUACUCGACAGCCGGACACCCCAGACCUCAAAACCCCCCCAGAAAGUUUCUCAGAGCGAUCAUGGCGCUCCGGGCGAGGUGGGGGUCCAGACGGAGGCGUGGCCGCCUCCUGAACGCCGUGGCGAUGUUGCAGCAGCUGCUCCUCCCGUUAAGGGUCAGUCGGAUUUGGAGGCCCGGGUGUCUCAGCUGCUUGAAGACAUUCACAACCUGCUGGACUCUCACAGGCAGGAUGGUGGCAUGGGGCGGAGCCUGAACCAGCAGACUCUGCAGCACCUGGACGCUCUGCAGCAGCAGCAGCUGCGGCUACAGGGCCAACUGCUGGAGUCAGCACUCAAGAUAGUGACAGGCCACGCCCCCGUGACCUCCGAUGUCACACCUUCAGCCCGCCCACAGAGUCUCCAGGUUACAGAAGUGGAUGCCGUCUGCAGCCGGCAGCACGGACGUCUCCCUGUCAUCACCGCAGCCGCUGGAACUGCCCCCGUUACUAUGGAAACGCGCCACCGUGACUGCAGGCAUCAGCUAUCCAGAGUUGGAGAUGGUCGGCGUCUUCAGAGCGAUCCGAGCGUUUCUGGUGAGGAAGCUCCCGAUCUGCAGGCUUUGGCCGGUCAAAGCCUGGAGGCGGCCAGGAGAGCCCAGGACAUGCUGAAGGAGAUGCAGCAGCUGAAGACGGAGAUGAAGAUGCUGCUGGCACAGCCUCAAGAACCCUCCGAACUCACCAGGUCAGAACCAGAAAACCUCCUGGUUCAACACAACCAGCCUCAGUCCAAAGAAAAGACCCGUCAGAACCUGCCCCAUCAGAACCAGCCCCAUCAGAACCUGCCCCAUCAGAACCUGCCCCAUCCACCUCAGCAACAGUCUCAGCCGCCCCAUUUCCAACCAGACCAGUCUCUCUCCAGCGGGCUCCAGCACCUGCAGUCCAACCACAACCACUCCAGACAACCUCAGCUCAACCAGGCAGCCCCCCAACAGAACCACCCCCCAUACCACCAAAGCCUGUUCCACCAUGCCCCGCCUCAGGAGGACCAGACCCAUCAGACCCAGUCUGAACGGCCUCAGAAGAGGCCUGUGGUCCUGUCGAAGCUGGAGGAGGCUGGACGAGUCCUCCGUCAGACUCAGAGACAGAAGAGAGUUCUGGAGGAGAACCUGGAGGUUCUGCUGAAAGCUAGAACGGGAGAGAUCCUUCACUGCCAGCUGCAGGCUCUGACUGCUAACAGAGACUACACAGAGGAGGUCCGGAUCAAGAAGGCCGUGGACGCUUGGAUCAGCGUCUUAAACAGGGACAUUCAGACUCGUGGUUCUCCUCCUGCUCAGAGGUCCGCAGAGGACGCCGGCAGAUCAGCUGCUUCUAAGGUGCCACACUCGAGGGCUGCCGGGAGACCGAAGCCAGUGAGCAUGCUCAGAGGCGCUGAACGAAAACCAGGGAUGACUUUUAGGACAACACAAGGGAAUGCAUUCAAGAAUAAAGAUGCUCCAGGAGAAUCAGCCAACCGAGUGCCCAAAGGAGGCAGAAAGCUUCAGGAGGCGGAGCCUAUCAAAGUCACAAAUAAAAUGACGACUAAGCAGCAGCUGGAGUCAGAUGCAGAGACAUUUCUUGCUCGGUUGUACGGAAAAGUUCCUCACGAGGGUCUAAGAAGAACCCUGAAGAAAAGCCCGUACCCUCGCUUCAGCUCGCCUGCAUCGCCACUCAGCAGGAGGCCCCGCCCCCGGCUGGUGGAGAGCGUCAGAGGUGUAAAGCUAAAGUCCUGUAAGACUCAGACCAGUUAUGCUCCGCCCCAACUUCUGGCUCCUCCCAUUGAAGUUCCGCCACUGCAACCACAGCCACGCUAUCCUUUCAGCCCAUCCCACUUCUCACCGCCAGACCUUGCCCACUCAGUGAGCCCUGCAGAGAGCGCUCCUGUCGCCAUGGCCGUUCCUCUGGAUCGACCCAGGAUAAACUCCAGGGCAGAGAUUGCUCAGGAAAUGACAUCACUGCCUGCAGAUCCCGCCUCCACUGGUGUGGUUACUGUGGGAACCAGAGCACCUGACCCACAGCAGAAGCAGCAUACGGAAGCAGUCAAAGCCCCGCCCACUUCAUCCGUGGACAUCUUUGAGGUACAAAGCCUGAAAGAAGAAGAGGAGGAAGAGGAGGCUGUUCCCCCUGACAACCAUCAGGAGGAGGGUAGUGGGCUGACGGAGGAAGCGCUGGUUUUGGAUGGGGGUCCGUCUCCAACUCCAGUCCUGUACCACGGACCGGCCUUCCCCCCGGCAGCCCCGUCCUCCCCCGCCGCCCAGGAUCCAGCCGUCAGCCAGCAGCAGGUGUCUCUGGAGGCCCGGCUGAUGGAGUGGGUGGAGCAGCAGCUGAUGUCCAGAAUCAUUUCAGAACUCUAUCGCCCCCCUCCACCCGACCCGGUCCACAGUUACAUCUCUGACCAAUCGGAGCUGGAGGAGCGGAGCCUCGCCUCAGAUAUCGUGGAAGCAGCUGGAGGUGAAGGUCUGCAGCUCUUCGUCGACACAAACACACCUGUGGACUCCGGCUUGAUCAGACAGCUGGUCAGUGAGGUUUUGACCGAGACCAUAGCUCAGAUGUUCGGUCAGAGAGAAGCACCAGAACCAGAACCUCAACCAGAGGAGGAGCCUCUAAAAGCAGGAGGAGCGGCUGACUCUGAGGUGAAAGUGGUUCCUCUGGUUCCUACACCAGUUCUGACCCCAGAGCCCAGCAUGAACCAGUCCAGCAAGGAGCCUUCGCCAGUAACCACCCCGCCUCCAUCCCAACCACCCAGCCCUGUGAGCCAGGCCCCCCCCCAGCCAAUCCCUGUGGCAGAGCCAGUGGCCACGCCUACCAACAGCCCAGAGCCCCGCCUCUCUGAACAAACCCCACCUGAUGAUAAUCGGGCCCCACAUCCAUUGCCCUGGGGAGACCCCGAGCUGCCGCUGGAUGAGGAGAAACCGGAGGAGGUCAUGAUGGAGAACAAACGGCAGCUGAUCAUGUCAGUGGCAGAGGAGGAACCUCCUCUCUGCUCCCCGUUUCCACCAUCCGCACCUCCUCCUCCUCUGUCUCCUGCGCCGUCCCCGCCUGCCGGAACUCCCUCCGGCUCCUCGGAGGAGCCGACGGGAAGCUCCAGCAGCUCCAGCACGGUGACGGCUGAGACGGAAGCAGCUCUGAAGCACAUCUCUGAGGGAGAGCUGCUCAUCAGCAUCAACCAGCAGCAGCAGCAGCAGCAGCUUCUGACGGCAGACGACAGCGUUUGCAGUUUGUCCAGCUCUCUGCUAGAGCUGCAGGACAUGGAGUUUGAUCCUCUGACCUUUGAGGAGGUCAGAGGAGGUGACCUUCUACCCCUGACGUGUCAGGCGGGCUCACACAGGGGACUCCAGCUGGAGGAGGAGGAGAUGAGCUUGGGGGAGGUGAGAGACUAUGAGACCCCGGGACAGCCUGCAAACACGGCCCUGCAGGAGAACAUCCAUGAGCAGAUCGAUCGGGCUGCAGACCAAGAGGAGCCAGGAGACACCGAGAGGGACGUUCAUGAGUCCUCCAUCAGACCUCAGCGCGAGCUGACAGCAGACUCAGACUCCUCAACCGGCGACAUCUUCUGAUCCGGUACCCGUUUGAGCAAGAACAGGGUGAGGUGAUGCGUUUGCUGACCAAUGGGAACUCAGACAUGCUGGAUCCAAUAAACAAGCUCCCAACUGUCAGAGGUUCAUCCCUUUCACUUCUGUCUUCACGUUGUUCUCAAAUAUUUGAGUUUGAGGGUUGUCGCUCAUACAGAACCCAAACGUGGAACCUUCAGGAACGUUCUUCUGCCUCCACAUCUCAAACGCCACAGUAAAAGCCCCCAGGGAUUCUUGAGAAGUAUUUUUAUCCCUGUGAUUUCACAGUAUUGAUCCCCGUUAUUGACCUGCUCUGUGUGUCUGAGAGAAGGUCGAUGUUCUCAGGCUCUGGAUUAAAUUGAGCAGCUUUUAUGGAGUUGCAGGUGAUCCUCUCCUGAGGUCUCCAGCUUUAUGAAAGCAAUAUUUAAGGAAAACCUUUUCCCAUGUUUCGUCAUUCUUCUGCUGCAUUCGUCUCUUCUUCACUUUUCUCUAUAGACACAGAGAAACCGUUGGUUUUUUAGGGAUUAAUUUGUCCUCUUUUAUUUUGUACGUGGAAUACUGGGUCAGAUUUUGGCUUCUGGUUUACCUGAAGCCUGAUCCAGCUCACCUUUUUUUCCCCAUCUGAGCUGUUGUUAUCACCGCCUCAUUAAAUGCAGAAAUGAAUAAAAUGUUUAUUUUCUUGAAA